AUGGUAGCUAAAAGCUUCUUUGUCAAUGCAUGUGUUUUUCAUUCCAGCAAGAAAGAGAGCUCAUCAGAAACCAUGGCUACUUUCUCUGUGUUUUCUUCCUCAUUCAUCCAUCCUCAACUAUGGAACAUCGUCUCCAAGAUGUCUCUCUUUGACACCUUCUUCUUCUAUGUUGUACAUUUUGUGGACAAGCUAGGAGUAUGGCAAAGGUUGCCGGUGAUCUUAGGAAUCAUUUUCUUAGCGAUGAGAAGACAUCUACACCAACGCUAUAAUCUAUUACAUGUCGGAGGAAUCAAUGGUCAUAAAUAUGACACCAAGCAGUUUUCUUAUCGAACGGCUGAUGGGAAAUGCAACCAUCCCAACGAUGAUACAAUUGGCAGUCAAGGAACUUUUUUUGGCCGGAAUAUGCCUCCAUCUUCUUCUCCUUAUGGGUUGUUAGAGCCUCAUCCAACAAUUGUAGCCAACAAGCUAUUGGGAAGAAAGAAGUUGAUAGAGAGUGGGAAGCAAUUCAACAUGAUAGCCUGCUCAUGGAUCCAAUUCAUGAUUCAUGACUGGAUUGAUCAUAUGGAGGAUACCCAACAGGUGGAAAUUAGAGCAUUUGUGGAAAUUGCAAAUGGGUGUCCAUUGAAGUCCUUCAAAUUCUACAAAACAAAGAAAGUUGCCACCCAUUCAUCUCUUGUAAAGGAUGGAUGUCUCAAUACAAGAACUCCUUGGUGGGAUGGAAGUGUAGUAUAUGGAAACAAUGAGGAUGGAAUGAGAAGAGUGAGAACAUUCAAAGAUGGGAAGUUAAAGAUUGGAGGAGAUGGGCUUCUUGAACAUGAUGAGAAAGGGAUUCCAAUCUCAGGUGAUGUUAGGAAUUGCUGGGCUGGCUUCUCCCUAUUACAAGCCUUAUUUGUCAAAGAACACAAUGCUGUUUGUGAUAUGCUUAAAGAAAAUUAUCCUGAGUUGGAUGAUGAGGAACUGUAUCGGCAUGCAAGAUUGGUGACUUCAGCUGUAAUUGCUAAAAUUCACACGAUUGAUUGGACUGUACAACUCUUAAAAACUGAUACUCUUCUUGCAGGCAUGAGGAUCAAUUGGUAUGGAUUUCUGGGGAAGAAGGUUAAGGAUUUGUUUGGACACAUUGGAGGACCUUUAUUUAGUGGAUUGGUUGGUCUUAAAAGGCCAAGAGAUCAUGGAGUUCCCUAUUCACUCACUGAAGAGUUUUCAAGUGUCUAUAGAAUGCAUUCUCUUUUACCUGAUAAUCUCAUUAUACGAGACAUCACUUCUACUUCUUCACAAUUUCAAUGCCCUCCAAUCUUAGAAGAAGUGCCUAUGAGGGAAAUGGUAGGAAAGGAAGGAGAGAAAAGAUUAGCAAAAAUUGGCAUGGAGAAAAUGUUAAUUUCAAUGGGACAUCAAGCAAGUGGAGCUGUCACAUUAUGGAACUAUCCUUCAUGGAUGAGGAAUCUUAUUGCUCAUGAUAUCAAUGGAGAAGAUAGACCAGAUCCUGUUGAUAUGGCUGCUCUCGAAAUCUACAGAGAUAGAGAGAGAGGAGUUGCUCGGUAUAAUGAAUUCAGAAGGAAUUUAUUGAUGAUUCCAAUUAGCAAGUGGAAGGAUUUGACAGAUGAUGAAGAAGUUAUAGAAGCUCUUCAACAAGUGUAUGGAAAUGAUGUUGAGAAGCUGGAUUUGCUUGUUGGCCUCCAUGCUGAAAGGAAAAUUAAAGGCUUUGCCAUUAGUGAUACUGCGUUUUUCAUCUUCUUACUUAUUGCAUCAAGGAGAUUAGAGGCAGAUCGUUUCUUCACUACAAAUUUCAAUUCCAAGACUUAUACGAAAAAAGGAUUAGAUUGGGUUAAUAAUACAGAGUCAAUGAAAGAUGUGAUAGAUCGGCAUUUCCCUGAAAUGACAAAGAAAUGGAUGAGAUGUUCAAGUGCAUUCUCUGUUUGGGAUUCUGAAUCAGAUGAAAUCAAUCACAUACCUUUGUAUUUGAGACCUGCUAAAUGAAAUGUUUUAUAGCUUAAACAUCUGUAGAAUGUUAAUUUCUUAUGUAUAAUAAUAGUUUUUCUUUCUCUUUUAAAAAAAAUUAAUGUUAAUACGAGCAGUAAAUAUGUUGAUUUAUAUUGAAGCUAA